AUGCAGGAUUUUAAAGAUAUGAAAGUUAUUGCUUGUGGGCAAUAUUCACAAGUAUUUUCUGCUAAAUUAAGAAAAGAAAACAAACUAUACGCAAUCAAAAAGUACAUCAAAAAAACUCUCUCAAGAUAGCGUAUAUCACCCAAUGUUGCUAAGGAGAUAGAAAUCAUGAAUGUCUUGGGAGAUAAUUAAUAUACAACUCGAUUGAUUGAUCACUUUGAAGACAAGGAAUCCAUCUAUCUGGUCACCGAAUAUUUCAAUAAUGGCAAUAUGCAAUAAAAAAUAUUGAAGGACAAAAAGCUCUCAGAAUAAGAAACCCUAUUCUAUGCCAAAUAAAUGAUAGACAUUUUAGAGCAUCUGCACAAAAAAAAUGUGGUACAUAGAAAUUUCAAACUUGAAAAUAUACUCAUCAGAAAAAAUGAAAAAAAGCAAAUUACAAUUAAAUUAUGUGACUUUGGUUUUAGUACUUACAUCCAACAUACUGAGGGCAUUUUUAAUGGGAAUGAUCACUUCGGGCCUGAAUAAUUUAAUCUGCAACCUUAGACUGAAGCCCUAGACAUUUGGAGUUUAGGAGUGGUGCUCUAUUAAAUGCUCACAGGCAAAUUCCCAUUUGAGCCAAAGCCAGAACAAUUGAAAGGUAAGAAGAAGUAAGAUGUAUUGUAACACAAUAUUGUUAACGGAAUAUUUUCACAAAAGAAUUUGAGUGAAGGAGUGUAGGAUUUAUUGGUCUAGAUAUUCCAAGUGAAUCCAUCAAAAAGAAUUACCAUCUCCUAGGUUAAGGAGCAUUGGUGGAUAUAGGGAAUCCAAAGACCUAAUGAUAAAAUUAAUAUAGUUUCAAUCUUAGAGGAGGAACCAGAAACUUAUGAGGAAAAAGAAUAAGAAUAAUAAUAACCAGUAUAAUGUAUUGAUGUGGAAGAGUAGAUCACUCAAGUGAGAUUAUCAGUUAAGAAGAAGAUCCUGGAUAAUGUGAAGACCACUAAUGAGGCUUUGGAUCUUAAAAUACUUAAGAAAAUGGAUAAGAUCGAAGUGUCUGCAAGUGAAGAAGCCAAUUUGACUUAGGUGUUGAAUACUGUUCAAUAAUAAUUAGCCUAAAUUAACAAUCAAAACAUGGAUCUUAUGAGUGAAUUGAAAUUGCGAUCUAGUGGAACUGUGCAUUUAAGUGAUGAGAGAGAGAGUGUUGUCUCUUAUCUUAAUUAUGACAGUAAGUCUCGUUAAGAUUUCUGUAAAAUUCAAAUGUAAUAAAUCCCAAGAGUUGAAGGAGAGCAAUUCUGUCUAAAGUAGACUAUCGAAUAACAGAUGGAAUAAUUACAGCAAAUCAAAGAGAAUAAAGAAUCUGUUGAUAAAUAUAAAGAAGAAGUUGUCAAUAAUAAUAAUUAUAUCAACGACCUAAUGUAGACGAGACUGCUCCUCAAAAAACAAAUUCAGGAUUUGGAAGAAAAAAGAAGUUUUAUGAAAUUGGAAGAAGGCAUUAUUGCUAUCCAAUAAGAAAUUGAAAAGAAACUCACCUAAUUAUCAACUGAUUUCAAGGAUAGAAUUACCAUCUUGGAAAUAUUUAAUAGUACUUUUACAGAAUCCAAAUUGGAGGAAAACAAAUAAUAAUCCCAAUAACACAAAAGCAUUCAAAACAAGUAUGACUUAUCAUAAAUGCAAAAUGAAGAGUUCCCAGAAAAAAAGUAGAAGAAAAUUGAUCUGCUCAAACAACAAAUCUAAGAGACCAGAGAUAGAUAGAAUCAAAUCAUUAAUUAAAUUAGUGAGAAUUCCACUCUCUUAAAUUAAAAGGAUGAGGAGGCAAUCAAACAGAAAUUGUAUCUUUAACUUGCCAAAAAGGAGGAAAUGAAUAUUAAAUUAGAGCGUCUCUCACAAAAAAUAGAUAAUCUAUCGGCUGAAAAUGAGAAAUAAGAAAAAGAAUUGAAAAAGAUGGAUCAACAGAAAAUAGAAAUUGAAAAAUCAAGCCAAAAAUCCAAUAUAGUUUUGUGA